AUGACUGUGUCUGAGAUUUCUCUUGAAAAACUUAUUGAUGAAGCUCGCAAGCGACGCGAGUCUCAGCUGCCGGACAAAUAUAGAUUGAAGAAGGAUCAACUUCCUCAUCAUUCCGUCAAAGACAUUACUGGGUUUUUCCAGCAAUCUGGUCUGUUUACUAAACAUGAGCUGACUAUUACCGAAUCCCCGGUUGAAAUCAUUCUUAAAGCUAUUAAAGAUCAGGAUUGGACUUCGGUCGAAGUCGCCGAGGCCUUUUGUAAGCGGGCUGCUUAUACUCAUCAGAUCACUAACUGUCUGACUGAGAUGUUUUUUGACCGAGCUGUUGAAAGAGCAAAAUAUUUGGAUGACUAUUAUGCCCAACACGGCAAACUGUUUGGUCCUCUCCAUGGCCUUCCUGUAUCUAUUAAAGAUCAUCACCAAAUUAAGGGUACCACAGUUACUAUUGGAUUCACUGCAUGGUCUACCACAGUGUCAUCCGAGGACUCUGCUAUUAUUACUAUGUUGUACGAAUUAGGAGCUGUUCUGUACUGCAAGACCACUGUUCCAGUAGCAAUGAUGAUGCCUGAUACCGAAUCACACUUAUUCGGAAGAACUUUGAACCCUAACAAUCUUGACCAUUCUCCUGGUGGCAGUAGUGGUGGUGAAGGUGCGCUUCUUGCAUGCUGUGGUGCCCCCAUUGGUCUCGGUAGUGAUAUUGGAGGAAGUAUCCGACUUCCAGCACACUCCAAUGGCAUUUAUGGAUUGAAGCCUACUGCAUCAAGAUUCCCAAUUGCAGGAACCAGAUCCGGACUUCGUGGUCAGCAUACCAUUAAAUCCGUGGUGGGUCCCUUGAGUCGCUCUCUGGAGUCUCUAGAAUAUUUUACCAAGCUUAUUUUCAACUCUAACCCUGAGAACUACGAUCCUACAGCUAAUCCCAUUCCCUGGAGAGAACCCAUCAUCCCCGAGAAACUUGUGUUUGGAGUAAUCCGCACUGAUAACUAUGUUGAGCCUACACCAGCGGUUAAAAGGGCCGUGGAGAGAACUGUUGCUGCUUUGGAGAGCCAAGGCCACGAGGUCAUAGAAUGGGAGCCUUAUAUGCAUGCGAGGAUGGACGAUAUUCUAGACAAGACAUUUGUGGCCGAUGGAGGCAAGUUCGUCAAGUCGAGCCGCCAAGGUGAGCCUCUGUUUCCGUAUAUGGAGCCUUAUGGCAAGGUCCAGGAGUCGGGCUGCAGUCUACUGUGGGAACUCAAUUACGAAAGGAGUGAGAUCGAGAUGGAGUACUUCAAGAGAUGGCAAGAUUCCGGUAAACUGUCCAAGUCCGGAAGACGUAUGGACGGUAUUAUCGUGCCUGCCAGUCCCGUCUCAUCACAUCCUCCUCAUCACUUCAGCUACGUUGGAUACACCAGCGUCUUCAACGCUAUAGACUAUCCAGCUGUAGUAUACCCCGUUCUCAAGUCCGACUCUUCCAUUGAUGGAAAGCCCGCUCAUGAGCCCCUGUCCGAAAAAGACAGGAAAGUAUGGGAGGCAUAUAACCCCGAAGAGUACGACAACGGCUGUGUCGGGCUCCAAAUCGUCUGUCGCCGCCACGAAGACGAGAAGGCUCUGGCGCUCGCCAAAGUCAUCAGAGACGCACUCCAACAGUAA